CAUUAUUAUUACUACAUUAUUAACUUCCCCAAACGAGAAUCCCCAUCACAACACAACAAACCCAACAUCAUCAUCGUUCACGCCAAGUAAACGAUUCCUCUUCUCUCCACCUCCCCCUCUCUCUCUCUCUCUCUCUCUCUCUCUCUCUGGAUUCAUAAUACCAAUACCGUCUGGUUCCGGGUCGCACUUGCCCCGGAUCAGGACCCUUCUCAUGCAACCACUGAUUCAACCGAUUUUUGCCUCUCCCAAACAUCAACUAUAGGGAACUAAUCCACCCUUUGGCAAGAUAAUCACACCAACAUCCCAAAAAUCGUUUUUUUUCCUUCCUGGGUAUUGGUUUUUUUGAGUUGGGGAAAAAAUAUCAUGGUGGGUAUAUUUUCGAGAUUCUCUGUUGGAAGGAAUGUUCACCGACGAACGCAAAGUGCUCUGGAUGAGAGGGAAGUGAUGCCUCCAAACUCAGAGGCUGCUGCUGCCGUAGCAAGUGCCGCAACUGCCACUUCUCAUGGAAUUGAAGUGGCUGUGGAGUUUAAGCCGGUUGAACACCCAAUUGAACCCCUUGAUAAUGAUAGGCCAAUUCAGUGCCCCUUGCCAGAACCAUCUAUUCUUAAUGAUGGAAGAAUAUGGAAAGAACGAGUAUCUGCCACUGUGCGGAGAAGAGGUGACCUGCCAGUGAUGAAGGAAGGGGGAGCACUUGAAUCUGAAGGUGCUGGGACUAAGCCACGGUCAUCUCAGUCUAACCGAAUGAUCUUACCAUCUCUUAGUGCUCCGGAGCACAAUCUUUUGAAACUUCUUGAAGAGUGUAAUGCUUCAGGCAUCUAAACUGGUAUUAUUGUUUUCAAUGUGGUAUUUUGUUGUUAUAAAUUCCAUCAACUUAAAUGUGAUGCCCCUUCUGCGUCACUUUUUGCUGUCCUUUGCCAUUUCUACAUAGUAUGCCGCUCCAAUAUGUGUAUGUAUAUUCAAAUGUAUAAUCAUGAAAUUCAUGUGGCACAUUUUCACUAGCUGCUUUAUAUAAAGACUCGAGUAAUAUACAAAUUUCUACUUUAGGUCUA